AUGAGCGAGCUUAGUAAUUACGGCUGUGCCAAUAACAAUGUGGUGGCCGAUGGGAAGCCGAUGCCCACAGACAAUGGGGAUCGAGACCUUCGUCGGGAAACUUGCGGACUAUGGUCGGAGGUGUUGUUAUCGUUCUCCAUCUUGUCAAACGGACGCACUAUCCUCAGCACGGACCCUCCCAACGACGGGGCCCUUACAUGUCUGCAUGGAAUGAGGUUCAUGUCAGUUAUAUGGGUGAUAAUGGUGCACACCUACCUGACGAUAUUCUACGUGGCCGACAACAAGACUAUGAGGGUUAUCACCGAGCGCAACUUCUGGUACCAGUCCGUUGGGAACGCGUCCUACUGUGUCGACACUUUCUUUGUUAUCAGCGGAAUACUCGUCACAAUUUUAUUUUUACGGACCGAAGAUAAAAAGUCUGCGAAGGCUGACCAGCAAGAUAAACAGGACAUCAACAAGAAUCUCAACGGCUUCAGUAAUUCCGCACUUUCCAUCUCAGUGAUAAGCCAACAAUCUUUUAAGGAGGAUUUGUUAGACAAGCCGAAAACCAGAGCUUAUUCUAUGGCAGAGUUCGUGACCAUGAUCAAGUCAUUCUUUAUUUUAUUAUCUUAUAGAAUAGUGAGGCUCACACCAGCUUACGGCUUUGUGAUUGGUCUCAAUGAGAUCGCUCUAAGGUAUACACACGACAGAUCAGUAUUCGAGCCCGCCAUUUUUGACCACAUCACGUGUGACAAGUACUGGUGGCGUAAUUUACUGUACAUCAACAAUCUGUACCCACAACGAGAGAUGUGCAUGGUCUGGUCCUGGUACAUGGCCAAUGACACGCAGUUCUACGUCGUCGGAAUUAUACUGCUACUUAUUUCUGUCAAGCAUCCGAAGUCCGCGAUGGUAUCUCUAGGGUUGUUGAUGGUGAGUUCAUGGGCGACCACCAUCUACAUAUCGGUGUGGCAUCAGUACAAAGCGCGGAUACAGGAGCCGUUUGAAAUGUUCGACCCUCUGUACGACAAGCCAUGGUCGAGAAUUGGACCCUAUUUAGUCGGUAUGAUAGUGGGGUGGUACUUGCACAAGACUAAGUGUCAACUGAAGCUGCCCUACUGGGUGGUGGCGGUUGGCUGGCCAGUAGCUCUAGGCAUCAUCGGCAGCCUCAUCUUCAGCAUGGUGGACGGCUACUUCGAAGUCUGGCCCACUGCAUUCUAUAUUAGUGUUGGACAUACCGCUUGGGGAGUGGCUAUAGCGUGGGUGGCGAUAUCCUGCUGCAGCGGAUACGGAGGGCUGGUUAACUCCUUCCUCUCUUACCGAGGACUGCUACCUCUCAGCAGGCUAACCUACUGCGCUUAUCUGGUGCAUCCCACCAUUAUGAUGUACACCUCAUUCCUGCUCGAUGGACCUUAUCAUAUGCAGAAUUCCACUGUGCUCGCGAUCUACGCCGGUUACGCGGUGAUGGCUUUCUUGGCUUCAUUCGCCAUAUCACUAGCAUUCGAAGCUCCCGCAGUCAGACUUCUCAAAAUCAUCAGCGGAGCUCCUCGAAGCAAGAAGAGCAUUCCACAUUCAGACCUUCACAAAAUGAUGUCCACAAGAACUGCAACACCUGACGAAAGAGAUUCUGUUGUGGGAAAAUCACCUGAUGAGGAAAAAUCGGAAUCAUCCUGCCCGUUCAUUCUCCAGUUCCAAGCUGGGUCGGUGGUACAUUAUUGCACCUUACAAGCAACCCUGACUGAACCAGAGCCCUAUUGA